ACACAACAAAGCAAAGCAUCGUAUUAUAUUACUCUUAUUUUAUACCCGUAAACCAAAUUCGUUUCAUUUGGUCAACAAAGCAAGGAAGCCCCUCUCUCUGCCUCGCACACACCGGGCACCACCGGGCCCGGGUCGUCUCCUGCCCCGGCAUCACACGCCAUGUGCGGUGGGUGCUGCCGCCGCCAGCGCGGGCCCGACGGGACGCCCGUCGUAGGCCGGCGCCGGGGGUGCGGGACCGUGCUCGCCGUGCUGGCCCUGGCGGUGGCCGCGGCGGUCGCGUUCCUGGAGAGCACGGCCGGCGGGGUCUCGUACGCGGGGGACGGGUGGCUGCACGAGUGCGCCAAGUGGGACGCCGACGGCGGCCGGUUCCUGGCGUCCACCUUCUUCGGCGGCGGCGUGGCGGAGGUGCGCGCCGGCGCCGGCGCCGCCGCCGGCGAGGCCGAGGAGCGUGUGGUCGUGGCGGACCCCGACGCGGCCGGCCGCGUCGCGCUGGGGCUCGCGAUCGACGCGCCCAGGCGGCGCCUGCUCCUGGUCUACGCCGACCGACCGCUGCGCUUCGGCUACGCCGCGCUGGGCGCCUACGACCUCGGAUCGUGGCGCCGCCUCUUCCUCACACGCCUCGACGUACCAGGUGAAUCUACAUUCCCCGACGAUGUCGCCGCCGACGAGGACGGCAACGCCUACGUGACCGACGCCAAGGGAAGCAAGAUCUGGAAGGUCAGCCCGGACGGCGUGCUGCUCGGCGUCAUCAAGAACGCCAGGUUCACGCAGCGACCGGGGCUGCGGCACAACUUGGUCGGCCUCAACGGCAUCAUAUACCACCCUAACGGCUACCUUCUCGUCGUCCACACCUCCGGCGGCGACCUCUUCAAGGUCGACCCAAAAACAGAGACCGUGCGCGUCGUCAAGGUGCAGGGGUCGCUGAGGCAAGGGGACGGGCUUGAGCUGCUCUCGCCGACGAGGCUGGUCGUCGCCGGCAUGCCGAGUCGGCUGGUGGAGAGCUCCGACGACUGGGAGACCGCGACCGUCACCGGGAAGUACGUCGGGCCGAUCCACCGGAUCGGGUCGUCGGCCACGGUGAAGGACGGGGACGUGUACAUCAACCACAUUAUCGGGUUCGGGCUCGGCAAGAAGAAGACGCACGUCCUUGCAAGGGCGGUGUUCUCGCCGUUGGCCGCAGCGAGUUGACGGCCGCCGUGGGAUCAGCAGUCGUUUUUUUGCUUAAGCGGCAGUUCAUAGACACAGACUAUAUAUACUUCAGUGUGAUACAGAUGCUCAUACUUGUUUCUACAAUUGACACGUUCCUUAAAGCUGCACGAUUGUUCUCUGUUUGCUGCAUGCAAAACAUGUACAUGAAUCCUUUCUUGGGUCAAUUCAAUUCUGAAUUAGGCUCUGUUUAGUUCCCCACCUAAAA